UGUAUUCACAGGGAGUUGUGCAGAGUCGUAUGGAGGCCACAAACUGCACUGUUCAGCUCCAAACCACCAGACAGAAAUCAACCACGCAGGACACACAUCAGGUGCAAGAGGAGAGGGAGAGACCCCGGCGCUGAUAGCAAAAGAGCUGUGGACUGAAGCAUGCAUGGAGAAAGCCAAGCCCCAGCCAGUGGUGGAUGUCGCUAAACUCUUGGAGCAACUCUUUUCCCAGCGCAGGCCAGGCACAGCGCCUCCUGCUGCUAAAGCUCGACCAGCCAAAGCCUCUUCCGUACCUACAAAACCUCCUACCACCUCCUCAAUCAAAGUCUCCACCUCAAAUAUUCCUCCUCUGUCAAAGACGGAGCCACCACUGUCUGUUGUUCCUCCUGCUUCUAGUUUCCAGCAAAUUGACAGUGUUCCUAAGACUACAAAUACUUUUAACACUGCACCGCAAUCCCCUCAACCAAUAGCAGCAUCUCCGACAAACCCAAAGACUUCAUAUUCCUCAGACAUGCCUCCGCAGUCUCCUCUUGAUUUUAUUCAGGGAUUUGCUGCUGAUAGUGUUUCCAACGUGACUGUUCCUCCAGCCAGCACAGCACCUGCAUCAUUAGAACCAGAAGCAGCUGCAAUAGGAUGGCAAACCUCAGCUGAAACAAUAGAAAAUGUAGAAACAGCCACAGAGCCAGUUGAACUCAAAACUGUCACAGUACUGCCCUUAUCAGCCCACACGGUGGAGGAGAAUGUAGAGACCUCAUCUUUGUCAACUGUUACAGUAGAAACCUUAAUAGAAACCACAACAGAAUCACCAGUACAGCUUGGCCUGUCUCCUGUGGAAACGCUAGAUGCUGCUGUUGUUGAAGGUCCAGUAGAGCCUACAGUAGAUGUUCCAGUUGAAGAAGUACAAACCAAAUGCACAGACUCAGGUAUGAUUGAUGUCUCAUACACUGCCAAAUUAGAACCCUUCAUAGAAACUACAAUAGAAUCACCAGCAGAUCUCAGCCAAGUUCCUGUAGAAACACUAGAAACAAGAGCUGCUGUUGUUGAUGGUCCAGUAGAAUCUACAAUAGAUGUUACAGUAGAUAUAGCAGCUGAAACCAAAAGUACAAACUCAGGAGUGGUUGACAUUACAUACAAUAUAACAGUAGAACCCUCAUUAGAAACUACAGCUGAACCAUCAGUAGAGGCCAGCACCUCCCCUCUGGAAACACUAGAAACCAGAGCUGCUGUUGUUGAAUGUCCAGUAGAUGCUCCAGCACAAGCAGUACAAACCAACAGCACAGACUCAGGUCAUGUUAACCUCUCACACAUUGCUGAAGAGGAACCCUCAAUAGAAGCAACGAUAGACCCAUCAGUAGAGGCCAGCACCCCUCCUCUGGAAACACUGGAGAGUAGAGCUGCUGUUGCUGAAGGUUCAGUUGAAACUAUAACAGAAACUGAAGCCGAUACAGCAGGUCAAGCAGUACAAACCAGCACUACAGGCACAGGAGUGGUUAGCGUCUCAUACAGUGCCAAAGAAGAACCUUUAAUAGAAACAGUAGAACCAGCAGUAGAUGCCAGCACCUCUCCUCUAGAGAGUAGAGCUGCUGUUUCUGAAGGUACAAUAGAGCCUACUGUAGAAACUGAAGCAGCUGUCAGCUCUUCACACAGUGCCUUAGUGCAAAAUGCACAAGAAUCUGCACCCUUACCUUUGAGAAACAAAGCAGAAUCUACAGUAGAAUCGUCCUUAGGAAACUUCACUAUGGAGGAGGGAGUGAAGUCUGAACAAAUGACUUUAGAGUCUGUAACUCUCCAUGUAGUUACGGUUCAGGUAGAGUCCUUGAAGACUGAUGAACUCCUCGAAACAAAAUCUGCUCUUGAUGAAAAAGCAGAAAAACAACUUCAGGAGUUGUUAGUCCAGACGGGGACUGGAGCCGAGUACAAAGCUGCAGCCGAAACUGAGAAUGCAAGUGAAGAUGAGGCCGAAAUUUUAACUAAAGCUCUUUCAAAAUGGAACUCUCUGUCUGAAGAUCUUCAAGAGUUAGAAGGAGAAAGUGGCACGUUAGUGAAGGAGCUCCUCUGUCACGUGCCUGCGGCGCUUUCCAAAACUCCUGACAUGGAGAAAACAAGUUCAGCCUCUGGUCCACCUGUGGGAGCAAAUGGAGAGUGUUUGCAGGUGGAGGAGAAGGGAAGCGAAGCAGAAGCCAUGACGCUGGAAUCAGUCAUUUUUUUGAAAGUGAAGGCUGAAGUUGGAUGUCUUAAAACUGAAGUUCUGCUAGAAACAAGGAAUGCACUUGAGAAAGAAGCUGAGGUACUAGCAAAAGAGGAGAGGAUGGAGGUUAAGAAAACGAUGGAAGAUGUCUUUGAGGACACAAUAGAGGCUGAAAUUCUAACACUAGAUUCUAUAUCUGAAACCACAGACGCAAUAGAGGCUGAGACAUCUGUUAUGCUGGAGGCCAUGUUCGGUUCUGAGCAAGGUCCGAUGCAGCCACCUAUCACUUUACCCGUUGAUCAGCAACUGGGACAACAGGAUGAAACGAGUGAUCAGGAAAAGUGGUCUGGAGAGCAGGAAGAGAGUGCCUUGGAGGCCAUGACUCUUGAGUCUGUGACUCUGGCUGACAUUGAGGCCUCCUUGGAAACUCUGGAGAAUGAGUCUCUGAGUGACGCCUCGGAUUAUCUGGAGAAAGAAGCUGAAAUUCUUGCUGGAGAGAAGAGGACGGAGGUAGAGGAUGCGGUGGCGUUUGAAGAGACGACUGAGGCUCUGAAGGUCGAGUCUCUGUCUUUCCCCGAAGGUGACGCUUUGUCUACAGCGCUGCAGGCAGACACACUGAUGGAGAAGCUGCUCUUUUCUGUUCCUGGGAACGUAACCGGGGUAACAGAAGGCCAGAUUGGCCAGGAGGUUGUAAGAGAGAAUAUUUUGGAUGCAACAGUUGCCACCGGGCCAGUUGACAUUGAUUCAGCCGCUGCAGUGACAGAGGAUCUUCCAGCUUCCGACGCUCUGAAGGAGGUGCUGCUGGGAGAGGAGGUGGAGGAGGAGGGAGCACAGAUUGAAGCCGUGGGGAUUGCAGAUGGGACACAAACAGCUUUAGAUCCAGUACAGAGACUCUUUCUGGAGAAGAUCAGAGAAUACAACAACAUGAGCAGGUUGAAUGGAGGGCCAUUGGAGGCGGAGCCAGACUACGAAAAAUGUCUGUCAGAGGAGACCGCUAAGCUCCAGAGACUUUAUGGGGGAGGAGACCUGAGCAGCUUCCCUGAGUUCACCUUCACCGAGCCCAAAAUGGACCAGGACUCCAAAUGAUCCAUGACGCCUCCCUCCCACUCUUCUUCCUUCACCUCUUCUCCUUAGGCCUGUCCUCUCUGACUUCCUCCUCCAUUACCUCCUCAUUUCACUACAUGGGAGAACAGAGAGAGGGGGAGAAGAAGAAGAAGAAGAAGAAGAAGAGGCAUAGGCGGUUUGUUUGGGUGAUCUGUCUUUAAAGUAAGAGAAAAUGUAUUCCUACAUGUUUGUUUGCACUGUGCAAUAAUGAUAGCAACAAAUUCAUUUUAUUAAAGCAGCGGCAUCAAAAGA